ACACUCGGCUACACAGGGGGGUACACCGGAGAGAGGCGCUGGUGAUGAGUGCUGACUGCCAUUGCCGUGACGACCCGUCUGUCAGGAGCCCCUCCGCUGCCCCCUCACGCCGCCCCGGAGAUGCCCCUGGUGGAGGCCCUCCUGGGGGUGCAGUUGGACAUGCCGUUGCUGGGGAAGCUGGCUCUGUCCGUGGCUGGAGUGCUGCUCGUCUCCUGGGCGUACAGGUUCUACAGCUCUAGGAGUCGGGGGGAUCGGGGGACGGGACCCGGGUCGGGUCGACCCAACGGGACAGCGCCGUGGACGGGCGCGCUCGCAGCCGAGGAGAACGCCAGCAGCUGGGAGGCAGAGUCACGCCCACAGGAUAAACCCUCACCCGGUGAAACGCCGGUGAGACGACGCAAACAACCACCCAAGAGCCCAGAGACGGACUCUGUGGAUCCGGCCACACCCGACGCUGGGGUUGCAGGAGCAGGUAUGAGCCUGGAGCCAAAUCCAGACCUCCCUGCAGAGGGCAGCGUGGAGCUAACGGGCAGCGUGGAGCAACACAGUCCCCCCGAAACAACCCAAACACCCACAGCAUACGGGCACAGCAGCCAGAGACCUCUCCACCGAGACUGUGAGGGGGUGGAGGGGAAGGUGGGUGAGGAUCUGAUUUUGGGGUCCUCUCUGUCCCCCCCUCCCAUGGAGGACCGGGGCGGGACGAGUCUUUCAGGGCGACGGUCCCCCUGCAUGCUGAGGAGGCUGGAGCCCAGUGGCGGAGUGGGGCGAGAGCUCAGGCAGGACGCGGGCCACCCUGGAGCCAUCUCCUGCUUCCUGUCCCAGGCAGAGGUGAGGGUGGAGGGCGGGGACUUUCUGCUGGAGAGGGAGGAGGGGGGGCCCGUCACGGUGCGCGGGAGGAUCUACGAUUAUCGCGUGGAGUCGUCCUCGCAGUCGUUCUCGGAGGAGAGCGCGCUUGCUGGUCCCUCUUCCCCCCGCCCUGGUAGUGAGCUCUGGGAGGGGGAAAUGUCACCUGACCCACAGGGGGUAACGUCGCCAGAGCUGGGGGGGUCCAGCGCUGAGCCUGUCCACAUGCUGAGCCCCCUUCCUGCCUCAGCCCUGAUCCUGCAGGACCUGCUGCUCCCCCCAACCCCCCCCCAGCCACCCCCGGCUCCGGUCAGCGCCAACCUGCCGGCCGCCAGGCGGCACGGGCUCAACCGGCAGGACAGCUACCAGCAGAUCGUGGAGAAUUCGGACCUGCAGAUCCCGCUGCUCCACCCCAGAGCCUCGACCCCCGUCGGCACGCUCAGCUCUGAGGCCCCCUCUCUGGAGAGCCUGCGUUCUGGCCCCCCGAGCCCUCUGAAGGAUCCCUCAGGCCACAGUGGAGACGCCUCGGAGGAUCAGAGACCAGACGACGCAGCGAGACUCGGCGUCUCGCAGGCGGACAGCGGCAGCGUCUCUGAGCUGGAGCGUCUGCAGGGAAGCCUGGACCUGGGGAACUGCCUACGGGCUCUCAGCCUGGCCAGAAAGCACGGCCACACAGGCCUGCAGCGCGCUGCUCUCAGAGUCAUGUCCGACAACUACCUGCAGGUCCUGAAGGACCCGGGCCUGUACGGGGGUCUCCGGGGGGGGGACAGGGACCAGAUCCAAAAGCUGCGUACGAGGGGCCGGCGCUUCCUGGUGGUGGCGGAUUUGGACCCUCAGGACUGGGCUGGACCGGAAUCCGCGAGGCCAGAACCGGGAGGCUCGGGGACGACGAGCAGGCUGUUCUACUACGACGACUACAAGGACAGCUGGCACCCGCUGUGUCCCCUGCCGAGGGAGGUGGUGUCCAGAGGCUGUGCCAUGUGCACCAUGGAUAAUUACCUGUUCGUGGCGGUGGGCUGCGAGGGAGCAGGAAGGGAUGUGCGGCCGUCCAGGAGGGUGUUCUGCUACAACCCCGCCACCUCCAUCUGGAGGGAGAUCUGCCCCAUGAGGGAGGCCCGGCCGCAGUGCAAGCUGGUGGCCCUGCAGGGGUAUGUGUACGCCGUCGGGGGGGAGUGUCUGAGCAGCGUGGAGCGCUACGACCCGCGGGCAGACAGGUGGGCCUUCGUCGCCCCGAUGCCAGGCGACACUUUCGCCGUGGCCCACCGGGCUACUGCCUGCAACGGGGAGCUGUUCGUCUCCGGGGGGACGCUGAGGUACACCCUGCUGCGCUACAACCCCGCCACUGACGCCUGGAGGCGGAGCCUGAUCGUGGGCAGCCGGGAGAGGACCGCCGACAUGGUGGCGGCGCGGAGCUUCCUGUACCGCUUCGACGUGGGCCCCGCCCUCAGCCCCGCCCCCGGCGUCAGCGUGUACCGCUACCACGUGGCCGCCCGACUGUGGUACCAGUGCGGCUCCAGGAGCCUCCCGCACUGCCCCGCCUUCCAGUGUGCCGUCAUCGAUGAUGUCAUCUACUGCGUGAGCCGGCAGUUCACCCUGAGGUUCCUCGCUGACGAUGUCUCACCUGCCUUUGCCACCGAGGACCUGAGUGUCCUCUCCGAGGCUAAGGGCAUUCUGCUCCCGUUUGUCCUGGUGCUCCCUGAGACCGACACCCUCCAGACCAGGGUCUGAGUGAAGGGGAGGCCGGCCCUGCACACACUGCAUUUAAUACUCUUCUCAUCUGGACGCCUCCUUCUGUCGCCUGCGCUUUUACUUCAGAUUACCUCUCCAGAAGUCUGCUCCGCUGCUCAAGGCCAAGAAAACAAACAGACAGCGAACUUAAACUUGGAGAGUGGCACUUACGGUGGAGGGAGAUGCAAGCUGUUCUUGCUGUGGCAUAAGAACAUGUUAUUGCGUAUGAGGAAAAUGGGGAAAAAACAUCAUCACCUUGCAGAAUGCCAUUUUUGCGGUGGAAGCCCCAGUCCAGACCCAGCUGAAUACAAUACCAUAACAUGCUUUCACUGUUACAGGUCGCAGUAAUCUGAGAUAAUGCCUUUGCUUACGUGCACCCUAGAGGUAAACUAUUUUGUCUGCAUGUUUCAUUUGAAAGCUCUGUGUUUUGUA